AUGGGUACAAACUACAAGGCAGCCUUGAUCCCACAGAGAAUUAGGGAGACAAUCCACGGUUGGGGAAAAGCAGCAAGAAGGAAGCGACGGCAUGGACACGCAACUGAUGAUUCAACCACACACACGGAAACAUGCACAGUGCACUCCAUAGAGGAAGAUGAUCAGCUGUUGGUUGAGAGCUGUGCUACUGGUGAGUACACUGAAGUCGAGUUGCAACACAUGUCAACGACUACAGCUAGUCCCUCACCAGUUGCUAAUGAAACUUCAAGUUUGCCUACAGUAUUUCCUACUCCUACUAAAUAUAGCGGAGGAUUGAGCAGACCACCCUACCUGUCCCAAACCGAAAGUACUGCCUUCGGUCACAAUAUUUUCUCCUACUAUAACUUUAGUAGCAGAGCUUCUUUCAAGUGUCUUUGCACUGAAAAUCAAAAGGGGAAUGACGACUUUGAGGGAUUCUCUGUGCUUUCCCAUGAUAAGCCGUGGGAAAGAGGGAGCAUCUGGAGUACCAUGGGUUUGUACUUCUUCAGUCUUCACAUUCCUUUAAGUUUUGGUGGGUUGUCUGUUGUUGCUGAAAUAAUGCAUCAGCCUGUUCUUGAUCCUCAAACAAAGGCAACAUCACUACUUCUGAUACAAAGCAUGGAGUUAUGGGGGGCUUUGGUACUAUUAACUUACACAGCGAAGCCACAAUAUAAGCUUUCAGGUUUAUUUGAAGCUAUUGAGUUUCCAAAAGAAAGAAGCUGGGUGCAUGCAUCAGCCAUGGGAUUUGGUUUUCUAAUUUUGUUAGUUUUGGUUACAUCCUUUCUUGCUGACAAGAUAAUUGGGCCCAAGGUUCUGAACAACACCAUUCUUAAGGAGAUCCUUUCGAGUGGAUCCAUAUCAACAAUGGAAUGCUUUCUUAUCUAUUGUUUGAUCACUCCUCUGCUUGAAGAAACUGUCUACAGGGGAUUCCUAUUGAGGUCCCUCACUGCAACGAUGAAAUGGCAUCACGCCGUCAUUGUGAGCUCUUGCAUUUUUAGUGCAGCACAUUUCUCUGCUGAGAAUUCUCUACAGUUAUUCCUAAUUGGGUGUAUCCUUGGGUGCUCAUAUUGUUGGAGCGGAAGCUUGAGCUCCUCUUUUGUAAUACAUUCCUUGUACAAUGCUGUGACUCUGAUGGUGACUAUUUUAACUUAAGCUCCAUUUGUUUCCAUGUAAAAA